UCGUUAGUAGCUCCAAGGCCAUGCUGAAGACUGCAUGCAUGGGAGGUGUAAGCUUCGAAUCUCACCACCGGGCGAAUUUCCAGACGGAUGUCGACACACCUCCCCGCGGCCCAGGACACACGCUAAUAAGGGCAAACUUUGAGGGUACUGGACCUAAGAAUUGUGUACUCCAGCUCCGAAACUGCACUCCAUUUCCCGAAAGCUACUGAGAAUGGAGAACUGAAAUCUGCUUCGUAUCCCGAUCCACAGACGAUGGCGGCCUCUUCAGCCGGCAGCGGCGCUGUGGUGCCAGCCACCAGUUCCCUAACCCGCCGCCCUUCUGCGUGGGAUGCCGGUGUCAGAAGAGCUUCAGCCUGGGACCGUAGGCCAUCUACGUACACGGUAGAGUCGGCAGCACUUCGUGUGGUGGCAGCUGCUGAGCUGGAUAGGAUUGACGCCGCCUGCAGGAGGACUCCGUACAGAAUCGGGAUCUACGGCUGGCGGAAACGAUGCCUCUACCUCCUAGUCAUUUUGCUACUGGCUAUGGUCAUUAUGAACAUUGCCCUCACGGUUUGGGUGCUCAGGGUGCUAGAUUUUUCACUGGACGGCAUGGGACGACUACGAAUAGUGGAAGGUGGAGUACGCCUAGACGGCGAGGCAGAGUUCUUGCACUCUUUGUACGCCUCCGACAUACGCUCCAGGAAGGAGCAGCCAUUGAAAAUAGAGUCGGCAAGGAAUGUCACCUUGAAUGCCCGAAACAAGCAUGGCCGAAUAUCCAAUCGGCUGUUUGUAGGGGAUUCGAUUGUGGAAGCUUUCGCCGAAGAGUUCUUGGUCCGAAAUCCUCAGGGGAAGCUUCUCUUCCGAGCAGCCGAGGACGAGGUGGCUGUAGCAGCGGACACACUACGAGUGACAGGUCCCGGAGGUGUCCGAUUCGACGGCUCACUGCAGACGCCGUUAGUGCGUGCGGAAACCUUCCAGCAACUUAAACUAGAGUCUCCAACUCGCAAUCUCGUUAUGCAAGGUCCGCAAGGUGUCCUUGUGGAGUCCAGAGCCGGCGACAUCAGUGUCUCAUGCUUCAGAAACUUAACGCUCAGAUCCAAGGAAGGAGAGAUCACGAUGGAUGCUGAACGACUAGUCUUCCAGAACCUCAAGACACCGCUGCCGGCAAAGUCUGGCAGUCCGUACCAGAACAUUUACCAAUUGUGUGUGUGCCAAAACGGAAUGCUCUUCUUGUCGCAUCCCCAAGGACACUGUCAAGCAGACGACUCGGUCUGCAAGUGACAUGUGACAUCGUGCUGAACAUAUUGCCACGGAAUAAUGCCGAUUCUGCGUCAGUUAGACAGCCGGUGCAGCCGGCGGAAGAAGAUAUUGUACCAAAGAACAAUCCAAAGACACAUCCAGAGAACAAAUAGAAGCCACGUGAAGCCAAGGAGACAGGACAAGCCAGAACGAGCGCGCACGACAAUUACGUAUAUGAUGAUUAUGUAUGUGCAUGCAGGAUGACGACAACGGUCUUGGACGUGGAAAUCUGGUGCCAUCUGGUGGUGCAAUUUUGAAUGUUUUUGUCGAUUUUGGUGCUGUAUUAGCAGGGCCUGAAGCGGUUUCUGAGGAAAAAGAAAAAUUUUACGUAAAGCGGUAAUAGUAUGGUUUGAGUGCAGAAUGACAGGCAAUAUAGCUGGCAACGUCAUCUAGAUUAAUUAAGGAAGGCCUGCUCGAUGACUUCCAUCGUCUUGUGGUCACAUGUCGUCCCGAUGUCGUUUGCCCUAAAGAAUCACCGCAGACAAAGAAACUGUUCCACAUACAACGAGUGCAUGGAUAUCCAUUUGGCGUAGGAAUGCUGCUUGUCAUCAUGACUACGGUCGCUAAGAGAGAAAAGUUAUUAUUGAAGGUUGCGAUUAAUAAUAGGCCACGUCGAGAAGCGAGCCUAGAAAACGAUGCACAAGGUAUUGUAGGAUAUCAGCUAAUUUAUUGUGACUUCGACAAACAGUUUUUCAAUAGGACAAUGGGCCAUGGCUGAUAUCGCUAAAAAAUUAAGGUGAGUUAUACAGGUUGCACCACCUUCGUGGAAGCUCCAUACUGGGCAUCGCGAGAGAAUUUUUUUAUCCAUAUCUCAACACGAGUUGACAAGACAGAAUUUAUGGCGAAUACGAGCGGACAAAUUUACGUGAGUGAGCAAUAAUUAUAAAACGUUUACUCUGAGACGAGUCAUUUAUUAGACGUGUGACGUCGCAUACUGAGUAAGUAAUGUUGCGUCUGUUGUGACGAAUAAUAUUAUAAUAAAUGAAAGUUGU